CGGUACAUCCUACAGCAACAAGAACGAUCACACUCCCCACCGUCGUCAUCAUGAGCGCACAACUUCAGCAGGUGCAACAGCGGGUAGACUACUUUGUCGCUCAGAUCGACAAAGAGCUGCAAAGGUACCCUACUCUCGUCAAGCUCGAGCAGACCGCCGGUGUGCCAAAGGCAUAUGCUGCCAUUGGCGCUUUCUCGCUCUUCACUCUGCUUGUCUUCUUCAAUGUCUUCGCUGGCUUCCUGACCAACCUGGUUGGCUUCUUCCUUCCGGCCUACUUCUCCAUGAGGGCCCUUGAGACUCCGCAGCCCCAAGAUGAUGUCCAAUGGCUGACCUACUGGGUCGUCUACGGCUUCUUCACUUUCAUCGAGACGUUCGUCGAAAUUGUCCUCUACUGGUUCCCAUUCUACUACACCUUCAAGACCCUCGCCAUCGUCUGGCUCAUGCUCCCCCAGACCCAGGGCGCAAAGCUAGUCUACCACAAGGCCAUCCGGCCCAUCUUCCUCCAGGGCCACGCAGCUGCCACUGCGCCGGCCACCAGUAGCACGAGCAGCAGCAGCAUCCCUGCUGUUCCGCAGUAAAUGGUACGCAUGACUGUCAAACGGAGCAGAGCAGAGUGAAGUGGACGAGGAGGCCUCCGUGCGUCUGCUUCAUCGAACAUGCUUGGCCUGCUUGCGUCACUCGUUCAACAGCGGGGUGGAGCCCGAGGACGGUUACAAGAACGAUGAGAAAGCAGCGGUCCGCCCGUGUAUGCUCACUGCAAAUGAAGGAAAGCGGGAGAUUUGGGCCGAGGUCGUGUAGAGCGGGAGGGGUUUUUUCAUGAAUCAUUUUGAUCGGACGUAUCACGAGGACAAGAGUCGUAGUGGCUGUAGCGCCAAUGGUAAUAGCCAUGGACGCGGGAGGCGCACUCAUGAACAACGAUCACACAAACGCAUCAUUG